AUGAGUGAUAUUCGUCGUUCUUCAAGGUCCAAUAAGGGCAAAAAUUCAAGAUUAGAAGAACAAAUUAAAUAUGAAGAAUUAAUUUCAAAGAGAAAAGAACAAGAAGGUAAUGCUAAUGAUGAUGAUGAAGAAGAAGAAGGUGAAGUUCUUUGUACUGUUUGUGGUACUACUGAUGAUAACUAUGAUGCUGAGGAAGACGAUCGUGAUAUGAUUCAAUGUGAAGAAUGUUUAUCAUGGCAACAUACAGUGUGUAUAUUUGGUAAGAAAAAAGUACCAAAUCUUUAUAAGUGUAAUAUUUGUGAUCCUAAUAAUAUUAUAUUUGCAAAACUUAAAUUUGAAUUAGAUCCUGAAACUAUAAUGUUAAAGAAAAGAAAAUCUAAAUCGAAUAGUAAUAAGAAGAAACAAAUUGGUGAUGAUUAUAAAUCUAAUGAUAAUGAUAAAGAUCAAGAUGAAGAUCAAGAUAAUAAUAUAAGUGAUAAUGAUAAUAUUCAAGAAGAAAAUUUAUCAGAUGAUGAAUAUAAAGUUAAAACCAAUAGACCUUCAAGUUCUAGGAAAAGAUCAAGAUCUGAUGAUUCAAUUAAAUCUGAAACUAAAAAAAGACCAACACAAAGAUCAAGACAAUCUUCAUCAAUAACUAUAAAUGAAAAUGAAAUUGAAUUAAAAGCAAGAGAUGCAGUUAAGAAAAGAUUUGAAACAAUGUUCAAUAAAUUAUUAACACCAGGAACAAAAAUACCUAAUGAAACUGAUUCAUUAGAUGAAUUAUCACAUAAAUGGGCCAAAAAAUUAGAAGAUGAAUUAUUUAAUGUUUAUCAUAAUUUAGAAAAUGGUAAAUUAACUCCAUUAUAUAAAGAAGUUAGUACAAGAAUUUUUGUUAAUGUUAAAGAUGAAAAAAAUUUAAAAUUAAGAAAUUCAAUUAUAAAUAAACAAAUUUUAUUUAAAAAUUUAGUUAAAAUGCCAGUUAGUGAAUUAUUAAAUCCUGAUUUACAAAGAGAAAAAGAAGAAGCUAUAAAAGAAUCAAUGACUCAAGCAACUUUAGAAGCUCCACAAAUGUCAAAUAUAAGAAGAACUCAUAAAGGUGAUGUAUUAAUUGAAAAAGAAUUUGAUAAUUCAAAUCAACAAUAUGAUUUUAAUGUUGGUUUAAAAAUGGAUAAUGAUGAUAAAAAAUUUAUAAAAUCUGAAACUUCUGUCUUGAAUGAUCGUAAAAAUUCAAAUAUUUUCAAUAAUGAAAGACAAUAUGAUGAUGAAGAAGAUGAUGAUGUCCAUGUUGAUGAUGAAGAUCAUAAUGAAAGACAAGAAAGAUCAAGAUCAAAUUCAAUUCAUGAAGAUGAAGCAUUAUUACAAAUUUUAGGAGAAACUGAAAAAGAUGUUCAAAAACAACAAGAAAAAAGAAAUAAAUUAAAUGAUGAAUAUUCACCGAUUUCACAAAAUCUUAAUUUUAAAUGGUCAGGACAAACUAUAUUUGUUGGUAUGACAAAUUUUGCAAGUGAAUUAAAAUUCAAAUCAACAAGUCUUGAUGAUGAAGAUUUUAAUAAAAUUUCUCAAGAUUUAUUAGAUAAUAAUUUACCAUUAGAAAUUGAAGGUAGAUUAGAUUUGAAAAAAGCUGAUGAUUAUAUUAAAAAAGUUUCUAAAUCAAGAAAAUUAAUUUUAUUACAAUUAUUUAAUACAGAUGGAGAAUUAAAUGAUAAAAAUUUUUAUAAAUUAUUUGACUAUUUCCAUUCAAGAUCAAAAUGUGGAGUUAUUAAAAAUAAAGAAUCAUUUAUAAAAGAUGGUUAUUUAAUUCCAUGUAAAACUUCAAGAGAUCAACCAAGAUUUUUUAAAGAAUUUAAUCAAGAAAUUAUAAUUGAUGAUGAAGAUAAACCAAAAUUAUUUAUUGUGUUUAUUAUAAAACAAGAAUUAAUUAAAGAUUUUAAACCAAUUAAUUCAUCACAAUUAGAAAUUCAACCUUUACCUCCUACAAUCCCUCAACCAAAUGUUCCAUCAAAUGAAUUUUUAUCAAGAUUACCAUCAAAUGUAUUAGAAUUAGUUAAUAAAAUAUUUGAUGAAAAACCAGAAACAAGAGUUGAUUCAAAUUUAUUAAUAAAUUAUUUAAAAUCCAAAAUUUCAAAUGGUGAAAAUAUUUAA